UGACCAUUAAUUGGUGAAGCAAGAACCACGAAAAAGCCUACCUUAUCCCUAUAUAAUUUAAGUAUAACGAAAGCAGAUUCAUCGAUCUUGAAAGACAAAUAGCUCCAAGUAUUAUCCAUCCCUGUAGUAUUUGAACAAAAAUGGCUUCAAGAGCAGCGAACUACUGCAGAUCAUUGCUGACCCAGUUGGGAGAGAAGCGGUCGUUUGCAACCUCAACCAUCCCCAACAUGAAACCAGCAACUGCACAUGUUUCUUCUCUAUCAGAUAAAGAACAAAAAAUACUUGACAAAGUGGAAAAAAGGGCUGCUCUUAUGAAGGCCGAGAAUGCACCCAUUUGGAUUGUAGCCGGAAUGGUCGGGGCGGCAGUGUUAAUAGCGAUUCACACUGCAAAACAACAACUGGUGCAUUCCCCCGUCGUCAACUUCCGCAAGACUAAGAGGGAAUCGGUACCGGAGGUGGAUGAUCCCGAUGCUGUCGUCGGCUCUGCUGACAAGUUCAUCAGCAAGUCUUUCCUCAGGAAAGUCGCUCAUAUCCAGGACAACACCAACACCGUCCACGACCCCUCCCGCCCUAACCCUUUUACUGCGCCACGCAAGGCGGAGACGCUCAAGUCCGUUGGAGUGGAGCCAAGCAGUCGCUAUUAAAUCAGAACUUUCCGUCCAUCCAUCUGAACAAUCUGAUUAUACGUCUUCAUUUCUCGAGUCUCUGAGCCAAAGCAUAAUUUUUUACUUUUUUAUUUUAAUUAUGACGGGAGUUUGUAUAUAGCAUUUCCAUUAAUUGGUUUUCCUCUGUCCAUAGUUUUUUCUGUUUGACAUGUAUAAAUUUGUACGUCAUGAUCACGAGGCCUCCCUGAUGACUACAACGAUAUCAGAGACGAGAGCCUUGGUUCAAUUUUGCCCUUAUUCUAAUAAAACAGAGACAUCAUAAAUAUAUAGAUAUGCUCCUUAUUCUAAUUA